AUGGCCGCCGGACACCGCGCGAACGCUUCCACCUCUGCGCACAGCAGGCCGUUGUCAAGAGCCUCCACCACGAGCGCGACUUCCCUCCGCAACGAAGAGAGCGAGCUCUUCCUCUCCCAACCAACGCAAGUGCACCCAACCCCCGAAGCGCAACUUCUGCAAUACCAUGCGAGCACACAGCCACAGUCGCAUGACUUGUACCAACAACAACAACAACAACAACAACAACAGCAUGCCCACCAUCAGUAUGUCCACAACACACAGUAUGCGAUGCCACCCGGCAUGCACACGCAGGAGCUGCCGCUCAUGCCGCAGGAGAGUGACUAUGCGAACCACCAGCGCAUGGGCUCCGUGCCUAUACAGAGCGGCACGGAGAUGGCAGACGGUGGGAGACGGAAAGGCUCGGCCGUGACUGCUACGAACGACAAAGAGUUGCGUGAGCUCCUCUCGCGGAAUGAAGGCCGGCCGCUGCGCGAAGUUGCGCAGGAAGUCAACCAGAAGGAGCGCACGCCUAUGGCCGAGAAGACGAAGCAGCUGUUUGCGAUGUUGUGGCUACGCGCCGUGUGCAAACCGGCCAAAACAUCCGUACCGAGGAAUCGAGUCUACUCGCAGUACGCCAGUCGUUGUGGUACUGAGCGCGUGGUUCCACUCAACCCUGCUUCCUUCGGCAAGCUUGUUAGAGUCAUCUUUCCCGGCAUUCAAACGCGCCGUUUGGGUGUGCGUGGCGAAAGCAAGUACCACUACGUCGACCUAGGUCUGGACGACGAAAGUCUCAACCCCAUCACCAACCCGGACUUUGCGCAGUACAACCAAAUUCAAUCUCGGUCACGACGCAGCGAGUCGGUCAGCACUCAACAUUACACCUUCAACGGCGGCCCGCCCUUACAAGCAGACACCUCCGCCUUCCCCGCGACCGACUCUACCAACGACCUCCACCCACCCCCCAGCGCCUUACCCCGAGGCCCCUCCUCGCAAAGCCGCGUCUUCGCCUACCCAGACAGCCGCGGCAUGGCCCCCAGCACCGCCGAAUCAAUCACCUACCCACAAACCCUCCGUUUCCCCUCCAGCACCCUCCCCACCUUCUCCGAAACGGAAUCCGUCAACCUGCCCCCCAUCCAACCCUACCUCCCCCCCCGCACCGACCCGGACACGGCCGAAUCCCUCUACGCCCUGUACCGCACCCACACCACCAGCCUCAUCGACUCCAUCCGCUUCUGCAAGGAGAAGCAAUUCUUCCGCCUCUACACCUCCUUCCACGGCACCCUCACCGUCCCCGUGCAGAAGCUCUUCGUCCACCCCAGCCUGUCCCCCUGGAUCGAGGCGUGCGAUUUGGUCAUGUACAGGACUAUGGUCCGCUUCGUCAGUCGGCUCACCUUACAAGCCGCGCCCGUGGUGGUCAUCAAUAUCCUCUCCAAUAUCUCUGCCACGCUGCACGGCCAUAUUGCGAAGACGUUUGCGAGUCAGCCGGGCCAUGUGUUGGAUGCCAAGUUACGGCCUGCGACCGUUUUCGCGUCUUUACUCUACCGGCUGAUCAGGGUGAAUCAGUCCGCUCAUGCCGCCGCGAAUCUGUUGACCAUUGAUCAAAACCGCGAGCAGAUGUGGCGGGAGUGGGUGACGAUGGUGAACCCGAAACGCGUCAUCGAGGCCGAGUUACCGCCUGAUGUUUGUGGGUAUGAGGAAGUUUACAAGAUUUUGACGACCGAGAUGCGCAGUCUCCUCGAACCACUAGCGGCACCGCCCAUGUUCAACCACCAGCAGGAGGACCCGUACGGCUUCACAGCUUCCACCGCGGCGGCCUACAAUUUCAAUGAAGAUAGCUCCUUCGCCGCUUACCUCCAAUCGCAAACGCUACAACCACCCCCGGGCUCCUCCUCCACCUCCAACGACAUCUCGGCUCCAGGUUCCGCGUCAGGUGUGAGUAUGUCCACGGAAAACGUGCUCGACCGCUGGUCGACUUUCAUCGGAUCUCUGCCUUCCCGGUUCCCGAACGCGAGUGCGAGAGUCUUGUUGGGGUGCGUGAGUGCGGUGGGGACGGCGGCGUUGAGGGAUAUCACCAUUUGCGGCGGGCAGAGUUACGGGCAUUGGUGGGUGUUGAAGAUUUUCGUGGAUGAGAUGGCGUUGUGGUUGGGGGAGAUGGGGGGGUUUCUUGAGAGUACGUCGGUUGGUGUGGUGAGCGAUGGAGUGGGGAUGAUGGGAAAUGGGACCGGUGCUGGAGUGACGGUGACGAUGCAGGGGUUUCGGCAGAGCCCUUUGAUCGCGCAGGGACUGGCGGCGGGUGCGGGUAGUAGGAGGGGGAGUGUGGCGCCGGAUGGUGGGUCCGUGGGGUUGUCGAUGGCGGAGACGAAUGGCUAUCAUACCCAUACGGCACCACAACACCAACAACAGCAGUUGCCGUAUAUGGCACCCCAUCGUGGCCAACAACAGCAGCAGCACCAGCAGCACCAGCAACAACAACAUCAGCAGCAGCACUACCAGCCUGAGCAGCACGUGGCUAUGAACGAACACUUCAGUUUCCAGCAGGCACCGUCGCUCCAGCAUCAACAUCAGCACCAGCACCAGCACCAGCAGCAACAGCAACAGCAACAGCACAAUGGCGAACUGUCCUUCCACCUUUCGACCUCCUCCAUACAGGAUCCCCACGCCCACUCACAUCACCAGCACCAGCACCAGCACCAGCACUCACAGCAGCACCUUACGGCAGGGGCGGGGGAUAUAGACGACAGCGGCAUCGGCAUGUCGCUCCUGGACGACGAUCUCACGAUGGCCAAGCUGGGGGUCACGGGCCCGCAUGUCGGUGUGGGAGGGAUGGGUGGGAUGGUGCGGGGGGAUUUGAGGGUGGAGACGUUAUGA